AUGUCAUCUUCAUUCUGGUCCUCAUCGCAUUGUCUCCAUUGGCUCACCACCCGACCCUCACUCCUGAUAUCCCGUCAAGUGGACUUACAGUACUGUACGCCUAAACAGCUAUACUGUCUGAACAUCUUCUUCACUCAACUAAUUCAGAAACUGGGUAAAAGAUUGUUACUACGUCAGAUACCGAUAGCCACGGCAUGUGUGUUCUUCAAGCGGUUUUACCUCAAGAAUAGCAUAUGCGAGACCAACCCUUACCUCGUGCUGGCAGCUUGUGUGUUCGUAGGUGCGAAAGUCGAGGAGACGCCGGUACAUAUCAAGAGUGUGGUUAGUGAGGCUAAAGUGGUAUUUAAUGAAUACAACAUCAAGAUGUUUCCAGCUGAAUCCAACAAAUUAGGCGAAAUGGAAUUUUACCUAUUAGAAGACCUUGAUUUUCAUUUGGUCAUUUUUCACCCUUACAGAGCACUGUUACAUAUAACAGGAAGAGAACCUGCUGAUUCCGGUAAAUUCCCUAUGUCUCGUGUGGAAGAAGAUCAGAUGAUCAAGAAGAAAGAAUUAGAAGCGAAGAAGAAAAGGGAUGAGGAGAGUAGAAAAUCUAAUUUGAGCGUACCGGCUAGACCAUCACCUUCACCAUUGCCUGCUACGAAUCAUGGAAAUGGGAAAGAUGUGGAUGAGAUUGACGAGGAUGAGAGAGAAGCGAAGAGAAUAAGAAGGUUGAUGGGCAGAGGAUCGACAGAAGGGAUAGGCGAGGUUGAUGAAGGUGUUUUACAGAUAUCUUGGUUCAUCCUCAAUGAUACUUAUCGAACCGACGUACAUCUCCUCUAUCCACCAUAUAUCAUAGCCAUCUCAGCAGUCUAUAUCGCAUUCUGCCUGACUUCCAUGAACAACAACAAUAACAACUCGAACAACUCAUCCUCCACAACUAGCUCUACACGUACUCGAACAUCUUCUUCUCAAGUUCAGCCUAUCUCAACAUCCAUAAAUACCAAUCAACAAUUAGGUCUAGGUCAACCUCCCAAUUCAGCUGCGGAGUUUUUAUCAGGAUUUCAACUCAAUUUGAACAUCUUUUUCGCUUGUAUACAAGAUAUCAUCUGUUUGUACAGCAUAUGGGAAUCUUUCGAACCUGCUACAAUACGACAACAGACCAAACAUCUAGCUAAUAACCAUACCAACCAAUCAUUAGGUAUUACAGGAGAAGAAAAGAAAGAAAAGGAAAAAGAAAAAUUUGGUCCAGAAGAUGCUGAAGCGUUAGUUAGGAAAAUGAUAGAAUCAAGAAUGAUAGAUAUGGGUCAUCCGAAUAAUGCAGGUUUAAAUCAAACUGCGAAAAGAUCAACAAACACAAACGCUAACAUCAUGGACAACGCUUCCACCACUUCUUCUGGUAUAGGAAAAAAGAGAGCUAGGAAAUAG